UUCUCAUACUUUAAUUAUCUGCUUAAUGAUUAGUGUGAUCUAUUGAUUUAUUGUUACAUUCUUAAUUAAUUAAUCAAUUAAUUAGUGGUGAUGAUGAAGGGAAUGUUGAUGUUGCUGCUUAGUGCAAAUAUUGCACUUAUAAUCGUGUGUUGUGUUGUUGCAGAAGGGGUUUCUGAGUUCAGUGACUCCAAAUGUCUGAAGGUUCCGGUGUCGGAAUUCGCCGGCACUGUCCGGAAAACCAUCGGCGUCGUCCGGCAGGUGGCCGCCGCCGUGUCGGGCUUCCCCUGCAAGGGCGAUUUCCGGCUCGGAAAUGCCGUGUCCGAUUGCCUCGAUCUCAUGGACUUCACGGAGUACCACCUGCAGUCGGCGCUGUCCGCUUCCCAGCGCCCCAACGGCAAGAGCAACGACACGGGAAGCGUGAUCGCCGACAUCAAGACAUGGCUGAGCGGAGCUCUGACCAAUCAGGACACCUGCAGAGAAGGCUUCGACGGCACAAAUGGAGUCCUCAAGAAUUUGAUUUCAGGCAAUCUGGACAAGGCCGCCUCCUUGGUCCACGACCUUCUCGCCGCCGUAAAGCCAAAUCCGACCACCUCAUCAAAAGCCGGCGGCGGCGGAGGCGGCAGGAAACUUUCAGGCAACGACAAGUUUCCUCACUGGCUGAAAUCCCGGGACAGGAAACUCCUUCAGACAACCAGCGUGACGGCGGACGCGGUGGUUGCCGCAGAUGGGACAGGGAAUUUCACGAGCGUUAUGGCGGCGGUGAAUGCGGCGGCGGCGAGUAGCAGCCGGAGAUUCGUGAUCCAUGUUAAGAGAGGCGUUUACAGAGAGUUCGUGGAGAUCAGUAAGAAGAAAUGGAACAUAAUGUUGGUCGGAGACGGCGCCGACGCUACCGUUAUUUCCGGUAACCGUAGCUUCAUUGGUGGAUGGACCACUUACCGCUCUGCAACUUUUGCUGUCAAAGGCCGCGGAUUCAUCGCACGCGACAUAACCUUCGAGAACGCCGCCGGGCCGGAGAAGCACCAGGCGGUGGCGUACCGAUCGGACUCCGAUUUAUCGGUCCUGUACCGGUGCAACAUCAGAGGAUUCCAGGACACUCUCUACGCCCAUUCCCAGCGCCAGUUCUACCGAGAGUGCAAGAUCACCGGCACCGUCGACUUCAUAUUCGGCGACGGCGCCGCCGUCUUCCAGAGUUGCAGCAUCCAGGCCAGGAAAGGGAUGCCCAAUCAGAAGAACACGAUCACCGCCCAGGGCCGCAAGGAUCCGAUUGAGAACACGGGUUUCACGAUCCAGUUCUGCAACAUCUCGGCGGAGCCCGACGUGUCGUGGAAUUCGACGCCGACGUAUCUGGGCCGGCCAUGGAAACUGUAUUCGAGGACGGUGGUGAUGCAGUCGUUCAUCGGCGGCGCCGUCAGGCCGGAGGGGUGGCUGGAGUGGAAUGGGGAUUUUGCGUUGAGUAGUUUGUACUAUGCGGAGUAUAUGAACUACGGGGCGGGUGCGGGUUUGGGGGCCCGGGUCAAAUGGCCCGGUUACCAUGUGCUGAACAGCUCGGCGGAGGCGAGUGGGUUCACGGUGGCGCAGUUCAUCUUAGGGAACACGUGGCUGCCAUCCACUGGGGUGAGGUAUACCGCCGGCCUCGAGAUGUAGGGCUGGGAUUUUAUUUCAUAAUUGUUCAUGAAAUGGGUGCUACGAUUUAAUUUAACAAAAUUUGGGAUAUUUUCUUGUCGUAUAUAUUAUUGUGAGCUUAUGAAUUUGACUACUUACAGUGUUCCGACUAUAUAUACAUAUGUAUGCAUGUAUUUAUAUAUAUUUUUUUACGCGAAUGUUAUCUCAGUCGAGAAAUAGUAAUUUGUUUUUGUUUCGUUUUA